AUGGCCGGUACAAGAAGCCCAAAGAGUCCGAAGAGCCCCCAGAAGUCCCCCGGGUCUUCUCCAGCGGCCGCAAGCCCUGCACAUGUUGCACCCGAAACUGAUGGCCUUAUUGUCGCCGAUGAUACGAUUGAUGAUGGCGCUUCCUCAAUUGGGAGUCUUGCCUCUUCGACUACCAGCGUGAGCGGCUCGAUCUUGGACUACAGACUUGAGAAUGGCAGGACAUAUCAUCGUUACAAGGAUGGAAAGUACAACUAUCCAAACGACGACAGAGAGAAUGAGAGGCUAGAUUUGCAACAUCACAUGUUCCUUCUCACCCACGACAACAAGUUAGGAACAGCCCCUCCUAAUGAGAAAGGCGCCAAGGUGAAGCGGGCUCUAGAUGUGGGCACAGGAACUGGGCUAUGGGCCAUUGAGUUCGGUGAUGAACACCCCGAAGCCGAAGUCAUUGGCGUAGAUCUCUCAGCAGUUCAAGUUGACUUCGUACCGCCGAAUGUUAGGUUUGAGAUCGACGAUAUCGAAGAACCCUGGACCUUCUCAAAGCCGUUCGAUUAUAUCCAUAGCCGCAUGAUGACUUCGAGCAUCGCGAACUGGCAGAGCUACCUCCAAAAGUGCUACAACGGCUUGGAGCCUGGAGGCUACCUUGAACUGGACGAGUUCGACAUCUUCCCAGAUUGCGAUGACGACACUUUCACAGGCGACCUCGCGAUAUCAAAAGCUCUCGGCCUCCUGGCAGAAGCCAUGGCCAAAAUUGGACGCGCUUUUCAGAGCGUCCCGGAAUUGAGACAGAUGAUGGUCGACGUAGGGUUCGAGGAUGUCCACUUCAAGCAGUACAAGUGGCCGAUCAAUACCUGGCCUAAAGAUCCCAAGUACAAAGAGCUAGGCAUGUGGGAGAACGAGAAUCUCAACAUGGGAUUUGAAGGCUUUCUUAUGGGGCCACUGACGAGAAUUCUUGAUUGGAGCCCAGCAGAAGUCCAGGUGCUCCUGAUCGACUUGCGCAAAGAUCUUAAUAAUAGGAACGUUCAUGCAUACUGGCCUGUGUACUCACUUUGGGGCCGGAAGCCGACAGAAGAGGUUUCCAACUAA